AUAAUAUUCUUUUCCAUUACGCAUUAUAAUACAAGAAGAAGAGACGACGUAUUGUAAUUCAUAAAGUAACAAGUUUAUAAGAAUUCUUACAUAAACAAUGACAACACAAACUCCUUCAUCAAAUCCGAUUACCGAUCCCUACAAGCACCUCCGUAUCAUUCCCGGCCUUGAUGGCAACAUUAUUCGCUUGCCGGAAAUUUCAACUCCGAUCCUUUUGUCUGCUCCUGAUUCUCACCCAAUUCCCAUUCUCACCAAAGAUCUCACCAUCAACCAAUCAAAUAAAAUAUGGGCCCGUAUAUUCCUACCCAAGCAAACGCUGGAUCAUCCCUUCAACACCAAACUUCCUCUCAUAGUUUGGUUCCACGGAGGAGGGUUCAUCCUCUACAGUGUAGCUUCAACCUUUUUUCAACGUUCUUGUGCAACUAUGGCUAUUCAACUAUCUGCUGUUAUUGUCUCCAUUGAGUAUCGUCUUGCACCCGAGCACCGCCUCCCUGCAGCCUACGACGACGCUGCUGAGGCGCUGCACUGGAUUAAAACCAUCCCAGACGAAUGGUUAAGAGACUUUGCUGAUCUGGGCAAGUGUUUCCUUAUGGGGGGUAGUGCCGGCGCUAAUAUAGCUUACCAUGCUGGACUAAAGCUGGCGGAAACAAUCGAUGAUCAUGAUCUACACCCUUUAAAGAUCAAAGGGUUGAUAUUGCAUCAACCUUUCUUCGGUGGGUCCAAGAGGACUGAAUCGGAGUUGAGAAUGGUUAAUGAUCGCAAUUUACCACUUUGUUGUACUGAUCUGAUGUGGAAGUUGGCUUUGCCAAUUGGUGCUGACCGUGAUCAUGAGUAUUGCAAUCCAACGGUAGAGGAUGCAGGUUCAAAUGCACUGACGAAGAUGAAGGGUUUGGGGUGGAGAAUAUUGAUUGAUUGGGGUGAUAAAGACCCACUGAUGGACCGUCAAGAUGAGUUCGUGAAGAUGCUGCAAGAGAAGGGUUUACAAGUGGUAAGCCAAUUUUGGGAGGGACAUUGCCAUGGGAUAGAGUACGUUGAUCCCUCCAAAUGCAACGCCCUGUGUUCUGCCUACAAAACUUUCAUAGCUUCUUCACUGCUUCCUUAGUCGGUAAUGUGCACCGUUUUGGUGGUUUCUUCUCUAAGAAAUUCCAUAAUAUUAAUCGAAUAAACUCGUAAAUAAUGUAGAAACGCAAGGGUACCUCUCAAUCACUGUGCUGAUAUGCACGCGUAGGGAGGGUAAUGGAUUGGGCUUAUUGAACUCAUUGGGCCUCAGAUGAAUAGGCUCAGCCCAUCUAAGUAAGCCUGAUUUUUAAGUUUUAACUUUUAACGAUAUUUGUUGAAAAGGAAA